UUUCGACUGUAAUCAUCAUUGACGUUUCCGUAAAGCCGCGUUCUAAAUAACGUUUACCUUCUGACUACUUCCCUGAGAUUUUGAAAGUGUGCCUUGUGCGUGCUUAAGCACGAAUAGUUGGACAACUAGGAUCGACUUUAGAGGAGUAUGUUAACCUGUUUAGCUGAAAUACUCGUUUCAAGCAGGUCGAACUGAGUGACAGCAGCUUUUAUCAGCUACGGUAACAUUACGAGUACUUUUACUGACGCUAGAACGUGAUUCCGAAGUGCACAGUGAGACAGUAGGAGCGAAACAAUGAUAUGGUCAUGAACUUUAAGUAUAAUCUUUUAUAAGUAAGUAGGAGCAGGCUAUCGGUCUUCAACGCGUUAAGCUAGUGGCGAACGACUGCUAGUUCCCUUACAUAGGUCAAGUCAGCAGAAAUUCCUUCAGGAGUGAGUUGUCCUGAAUUGGCUUCCGCCUCUCAACUGGAUGGAUAUCGGCUAGCUUUACGGUGUGUCGGUAAGGGAUGUCGAGAAAACAGAAUAGGCUAGUAUUUCUACGUCGCCGGCCGCGAACGUACGUGAACGAAGCUCAUUAGACAGGCCGUGUAAAUAUAGCAUUCCAAAAUGCUUAGCCUUAUAGGAACCUUGCGAGGUUUACUGAAGAUCAAGCCGGUGCAUAUUGAUGGAAUGAUGUUUAGGCUUCACCAUGGACCGACUGUGGUGCUUUUACUCGCGUUUUCUGUGCUCAUUACGACGAAACAGUAUUUCGGCGACCCGAUCGAUUGCGACGUAUCGGGAGGAGCUUCGAAAUCUUUAAUCAACGUGUACUGCUGGAUUCAUGCGACGUACUCCGUGAAUUCCUUAUUUCGAAAAGCUGAUGGAAUCGAGGUUGUGUAUCCUGGCGUAGGCACCUGGAAGGGUUCUCCUCCAAAAUAUGGCAACCAAGAAGGGGAAUACAAAUUUCAUAAAUACUACCAGUGGGUGUCACUUAUGCUAUUCUUUCAGGCCAUACUAUUUUAUGGACCUCGAUGGAUGUGGAAGGCGUGGGAGGCUCGAAGGCUAGAAAACCUUCUAGCGGAACGCGAGCCUCAGGAAACGGCCAAAGCGAUUUGGGCCGGUUCUUUCUCAACUUAUAUGUAUCGAUAUGCGCUUUGCGAGUUGCUAUGCUUUAUCAACGUGUUUGCGCAGCUAUUCAUGAUAAACAGGUUUCUUGAUGGCGAGUUUUUCACCUUUGGCUUAGAAGUGCUCAGCUUCAUGGAACAAUCGCCGGAAGAUAGGGUCGAUCCGAUGGUAAGGGUGUUUCCGCGAGUGGCCAAAUGUCACUUCCAUAAGUUCGGCUCGUCUGGAAACGUGGAGACACACGAUGCUGUUUGCGUUCUACCGCUUAAUAUUAUCAACGAAAAAAUUUACGUAUUCCUCUGGUUUUGGAUGUGUGCUCUUCUGGCGCUCACAACGUGCACGAUACUCUAUCGCCUCGUGCAGCUCUUCAGCGGAAGAGUUUUCCGCGCACGACUCGUCAGGUGGCGUUUCUAUUAUGUGCCAGAUGUACUAACGGCAGCGCAGGAUUGUACAGCAGGGCAGUGCUUCAUUCUCUACAUGCUCGGUAGAAAUAUGGAAACGGUAACAUUCUCCGAAAUGCUACAAGAAUUAAAGCGAUUGCAAAAAAAGGCGCCGGACUAUACACUUGUCAGAACUGACGAAAAUCUAUGAAGAAAAAAACCAAACGUCAAAUAAGCCAGACAGAGCGAGUCUGACUUAAAGUUAGAAUUAGAAUGUAAGCUGAAUUUACUUCAUAGUUAUUACUACCUAGUGAUAUGAUUGUUUUUAAACAAGUUUAAUUAAAAAAGCGCAGCUUUAAACAAAACCAUUGUGUUAAAUUACGUUAGUAUUUUGCACGUUAACGUGGAAGCCAUAAGGCCUUUAUCUGUUGCUACUGCUCGAAUUUGAAUGGGCCGUUCGUAGCCUCAGCUGGCCAAUGGAUACAGUCUGCUGUUAGUCAAGUUGAGGAAACAUACAAUGAGGAACACAUCAGUUUCUCAUAUACACAUGAGAAAUACAUGUGUAUAUGAGAAACUGAUGCGAGUAUUUCGUAAGCUUAGCAAUAUAAAAUUAGUGAAGUACAAAAAAUAUCUUCGGCAAAAUCGUGAGCACCUUUGUGGGAUGUGUAGAUCUUGUGUAAGUUGAUUACGAUAAGGAUCGACUAUAGAACCAUCAAUCUUUGGUGGAACGAGCCCUGUAGACGCUUCGAGGAUAGAUAAGGUACGGUAUUAGUAAAAUUAUAAGGCAACUACAUAUAGGAAUAAUUAGUAAGGGGCAAUUAUCGUGAGCCUGAGGAAAGACUAUUCCGAUCCGACUUUAGAAGAGGUCUUAAAGUUCUAACUUGUUAAUUAGUAGGAAAUUUUUGGCUUAUUAUUAUCACUGGUAAUACGAUUUCAUGUGCUUGUCGAUUAAUGGUCUCGCUCAACAGCAGUACGAAGAUAGCAUUAAUUUCUCUAUCUGUCUAUCCACUGAAGUUGAAUGAACUUGAUCAUCAUUCUUAACUUUUUACUGAUAUCGUAUAGGUGUGUCUAUUGGUUAUAGCUAAAGACAUUUGAAGGUAGCAUAUAGACGGGGCGGACACCCCCAGAGUGAAACGGUACGAAUUUGGCCGAUUGUUUCAUAGAGCUACCAUUGCGGGUGGCGCGGACUUACCGAGAAAAUGUUCUGUUAUUCAUAAGUCGUAGUGGAAAACGCCGCUUUCAACAUAGUGUCAAUAAAAUUGGAGCUAUAUGUAUAUUAGAACAGUGGAACUAUGUUCAAACCGGUAAACCAUCACAGCUAAGUCGUUUGAAAUCGUGCGUAACCUCUGGAAGAGUAAUUGGCAAUUUACUCUUGCCAUGUUGGGUAUUCAUAUGGGCCCAGUACGUUGCCAAGAACCGUGUUAGGAAAAUUACGAGAUA